AUGGCGGCAUCGGGCCAGGAGCCCUCCGACGGCCGCAAGGUGCUUCAGGAGGGUGCCGCAAGGAUCCUUAUGAAGGGCAACGAGGUCUUCUACAACGAGGCGCAGGUGCGGGGCAGCGGCGGCGGCCGGCGCUGCACGACGGCGCUGCGCGUGCUCACGGCCCGGUGCGAACGGCGCUGCGCCAUACGUACAUGA